CGGGCGGGGCGGAUCCGGCGGCAGGCGCUGGGCGCUUGGCGCGGCGGCUCAGAGUGCGCGGGGAGGCGCGCGGCGUGCAGGUCGCAGCUGUGGCUCGGACGCCGGCAGGUGCUGGCGGGACUGGCGGGGAUCGCCGUGGACUGCCUCAGGGGCGCCGAGCGCGCCGCCCGCCCGACCCUAGUGUCCGCCUAACCGCGCAGCCUGCGCCCGCUCCUCCUCGCCCCGCGCCCGGAGCGCGGGGGCCGCCGGCGCUGGGCACUCGGCGGCCACCGAGGAUCUGGGCUCAGCAGCCAGUUCCCGCCCCCGUGCCGCCGCCGCCGCCGCCGCCUCCUCCCAGCCGACUGCCCGGCUUGGCCGCAGCCGCCGCGUCUGGCCCCCGGGUCCGCGCCGCUGGGGGCGCAGGCGGAGUCGGGGGUUGCCUGGCGCCGCCGCCCGUGCGCCUGGAGUCCACGUCCCGGGCCCGGCGGCCGGCGAGCAUGGAGGAGAAGUACCUACCCGAGCUGAUGGCGGAGAAGGACUCCCUGGACCCCUCCUUCACGCACGCCCUGCGCCUGGUGAACCAAGAAAUAGAAAAAUUUCAAAAAGGAGAAGGCAAGGAUGAAGAAAAGUACAUCGAUGUGGUGAUUAAUAAGAACAUGAAGCUGGGACAGAAGGUGUUAAUUCCUGUAAAACAGUUCCCUAAGUUCAACUUUGUGGGGAAACUUCUGGGUCCACGUGGCAAUUCUCUGAAGCGUUUACAAGAAGAAACCUUGACAAAAAUGUCCAUCCUUGGGAAAGGUUCCAUGAGAGACAAGGCCAAGGAAGAAGAGUUGAGGAAAAGUGGAGAAGCAAAGUACUUCCAUCUCAAUGAUGAUCUCCAUGUUCUCAUUGAAGUGUUUGCCCCACCUGCAGAAGCUUAUGCUAGGAUGGGACAUGCUUUGGAAGAAAUCAAAAAGUUCCUCAUCCCUGAUUAUAAUGAUGAGAUCAGGCAAGCACAGCUCCAGGAAUUAACAUAUUUGAAUGGUGGUUCAGAAAAUGCAGAUGUUCCAGUGGUUCGAGGGAAACCCACCUUGCGUACAAGAGGUGUACCAGCCCCAGCAAUAACCAGGGGAAGGGGAGGAGUUACAGCACGGCCAGUUGGAGUUGUAGUACCACGAGGGACGCCAACUCCCAGAGGAGUCCUGUCCACCCGAGGGCCAGUGAGUCGGGGAAGAGGACUUCUCACUCCCAGGGCAAGAGGAGUCCCCCCAACUGGGUACAGACCUCCACCGCCACCCCCAACACAAGAGACUUACGGAGAAUAUGACUAUGAUGAUGGAUAUGGCACUGCUUAUGAUGAACAGAGUUAUGAUUCCUAUGAUAACAGCUAUAGCACCCCAGCCCAAAGUGGUGCUGAUUACUAUGAUUAUGGACAUGGACUCAGCGAGGAGACUUACGAUUCCUACGGACAAGAGGAGUGGACUAACUCAAGACACAAGGCACCUUCAGCGAGGACAGCAAAGGGCGUCUACAGAGACCAGCCAUAUGGCAGAUACUGAUUGUACUGUCUGAUGUUGUGAAAUAGCCAAUCUCCACCAGUCCUGUAUACUGUUCAAAGUAAUUUUUUUCUAUGAACAAUCCCUUUUUAAAUAAAUCAAAAUGCUUAAAAUCUGAAUGGAUGGAACUUAAAACUACUUUGUUGAAACAUCAACCUGGGCAGAAAAAAAAAAAAAAAAGACAUGUAAAAUUUUGUUAUUUCCAGUCUGUAUAUGAAAAAAUAGGUCAUCAAAAGGAAAAAAAAUAACUUUGAUUAACUAGUGUUAAACAAAAAAUAGGUUUACUAAAUAUGUUAAUCUAUUCUUUUAACAUAAGCCUCACCUUUCAUUUUAAAGGUUUCCAUAGAAUUUAGUUAUUUGAUCUUUCAGCCAUAUGCUAGUUUUUUUUUUCUCUUGCCAACAUGCGUAAAAAGGGAAGCCAAUUACAAGUGCAAAUAAUGUGGUAUUCUUUUGUAACUCAAGUCUUGAAAUGUUCUGUAGUGUUAAGCAAAGUCUCCUCUUGCUUGAUACUAAAUAAACUUUUGAAAGAAA